AUGUUAUUGAUACAAGAAGAUUAAAUAAAGUAUAAAUUUAAUUAUUAAAUUUAGUAUUUUAGUAGGAGAAUCAAUAAAAUUUCUCAGUUUAUCAUAUAUUCAAUAGUGAGAAUCUCUAAUAAUCUUGAUCGUUAAGAUUCAUUGGAAUAUUUAAUAGAAUUAGUAGAGAAAUUAUAUUAAUAUACUGAUGUAGUGAAUUAUUAAUAGUAUAAAAUUAUAGUAUUCAAUUAAAUUGAAAAUAUUACAUAGUAACAAUGA